CUUAAGGCGCGUAAUCUAGCUCUUUCUGGAACCUUAUUGGAAGCAUUGGAAUUUUUUUGUAUUGCAAAUCAAUACACUCGGCUUAAGGGAUAAUAAUUCUUAUUUCCGCCUAUUCUUACGAAUGCUUUUACCCGGAGAAAAAUUGUAAAUCUUGACAUCACCAUCCAUUUCCCAACCACGAUACUAUAUUGACAUAGACAUGGUGCUUGUCAGGGCGGCUUCUUCAGCGGCAGCUAUACCGACUGCUGUGGCGGCCAGUUCUGCUACAAUCGCAAAUGCAAUAAGUCAUCCUAUACGACAAUUUCAUCAAAGGAGUAAUGAUCAAAAUUCAACUUCAAGACAAUCGCAUAACCCUCUAACUCGGAUACGAAGUGCACCAAACAAGAUCGCAAGUUCAUCAAACCUAAACCUCGCCACUCAACAUCGUCGUUCGUUCACUACUGCUUCGACUUCUUCCUCCACACCUUCCGCAAGACGUAAACAAUCCAGACCAACACUUUCUUUCGCUCGAUCCUUUCAUUCUACUGCAAGGAAUGAAGCAUCAGUAAAAGAUCCUUAUGCUACUCUAGGCGUCAAGAGGGACGCAUCGGCAAAAGAUAUCAAAGGUGCCUAUUACGAUUUAGCAAAGAAAUUUCACCCGGACACGAGUAAGGAGAAAGGGGCAAAAGAACGAUUUGUUGAAAUCCAGGCAGCAUACGAUAUCCUAAGCGAUGAAAAGAAGAAAGCCACUUUUGAUAGAUUUGGCACAACGGAUGAUUCGGCAGGUGGAUUUAAUCCGUUCGGCGGAGGUGGUGGUGGUGCGGCAGGAUUUGAUCCUUUCAGUGGCGGCUUUGGUGGUUUUGGAGGAGGUGCUGGUGGUUUUCAAGGAUUCUCUGGUAAUGCUCAAGAUGCAGGAGAUUUCUUUGAAGGAUUAUUUGGCGCUUUUGGAGGAGGUCGAUCUAGGAAUUCUGGUCCAGGAUUUGCUGGAGAAUCGCGAGGAGAGGAUUUGGAAACUACACUAAAUAUCACCUUUGAGGAAGCUUGUAGGGGAACGACAAAGAAUGUCACGAUUGCUCCUGUUGAGAGAUGUAACACCUGUGAAGGUGCAGGGCUGAAGAAGGGAGCAAAAAAGAGUACAUGUACCGUCUGUAAUGGAACAGGUACGCGGACGUUUGUUAUUCAAAGCGGAUUUCAGAUGGCCAGCACAUGUCCAGCCUGUAGCGGAGCAGGUCAAACGGUAGCAGCCGGUGAUGAAUGUGGCACAUGUGAAGGUGUGGGCAGAGUUAGAUCACGAAAGACAAUCGAUGUCAAGGUACCACCAGGUGUUGACGAUGGCGCAAAGAUUCGAAUGGAUGGUCAAGGUGACGUACCCUUGCAAGGAGCAGGUCCCGCUGGAUCACUUUAUGUACGCAUCGGCGUUCGCAACAGUAAGAUUUGGCGUAGACAAGGCAGCAAUCUCUACUACCCUGCCACUAUUCCUUUCCAUACCGCCAUUCUUGGAGGAAAGGCUAGAGUUCCAACCUUGGACGGAGAUGUAGACGUUCGAGUGCCAGCAGGAACUCAAGUAGGCGACGAGAUGUUGUUGCGAGGCAGAGGUGUGCCAAGCCUGAUGAGAAGAGGCGACAAGGGAGACUUGCUGGUACAAUUUGAAGUCACAAUUCCACGUUCGCUCACAAAGCGACAGAAGGAAAUUCUACAAGAAUAUGUGGAUGAAGUAGAAGGAAGCAAAUCUAACAAAGCUCAAUCUACAACACCACCAAACAAUGAAACAUCUGAAAAAGCAGAUGAAAAGGAGGAAAAAGACACCACCACUCAAUAAACUUUAUAGAUCAGAAACAAUGUUUGAAUAUAAUAUGUGUAUUAAAUACCAUGCACAAAGGGGGCGGCGCGACCGAGGGAGCUCUACAAUAAGAAUGAUGUAGGGAAUAGAGAGUCUGCUCCUUGGCGCUGCACGCAUGCUCGAUUGACAUGAUGAUAAAAAAGAGUUAUAUGAGAAGUUUU